UUUAAGCAUAUUUAGCUUUUGUAAAAUGUUCAUUUUUUUCUUAAACAUCAUAACAUGUAGAGUUUUUAUUUUUCUAUACAGAUCGAAAUAAAGAGGUAUUUUUUGGUACAAGUGAUAUGAAAAUAUGAUUUGGAAACUUAGCUUCAAGAAGUUUCUAGGAUUUUUAUAUACACAUUGACAUAAUGAGAGAAAUACUAAUUCAUACAAGUUAAAUUGAAAUAUGAACGAAGAACUUAGUAUCAAAGGUGCGUUGGAUUAUUUGUACAGAUUGAGAUAAAGAGAGUUUUGGAGUCACUAUACGGAUUUGAGGUGGAGAAGGUCCAAACCCUUAACAUGGAUGGGAAGAAGAAGAAGAGAGGUGGGUUGUUGAUAGCUAAACCAGACUACAAAAAAGCAUAUGUUACUCUUAAGAACCCGUUGUCUAUCUCAUCGGACCUAUAUCCAGUCCGGAUACUCGAAGAGGAGAAGAAGAAUACGAGCAAGAAAUCAAAAUCUAGCAUUGUUGAGGAUGAUGAACCUAAGAAGAUGCAUUGGCUUGACGGGAAGAAAUAUGGGAGGUCUAAAUCAGAGACGAGCACUAGUCGUGGCUAUGAUGGAGAUCGGAGUAAUGUUGGUGCAGCACCAGCGAAGUUCCCAUGGAGCAGUAUGAGGUCUUAUGCUGCUAGGUAGACUUCCUUUUUCCAAUUGGAAUGAGGAGAUCUUUGUCAGAGAGUUUUUUGGGUGAAGUGCUUCCAUAGCUCAGUUUAGUAAUGUUGGUGUAUUAUCCUGGAGUAUAUCACUUAUGUCAACUUCUCUAUAAUUAUUUGAAGUUCUAUGUAUUUACCUUCAUUCAUUGGAGAUAAUUUGAUAUUUGUGAGUUGAAAGCUGGAACAUGAUGAGUUUCUUUUGUAUUGUUUCUUACAUGGAUGAUCAGAGAUGGUACUUGAAAUUGGGUUGAAUAAAC